GAAAAAUUUGAUCAUUAUAUCAUAACCCGUCCUUCUCUUCAUCAAUCAUCAUCAUCACCACUUCACUUUCACUUUCGUUAAACUCUCUCUCGCUCAAAAGCAUUUCAUAGAGUAUAUAUUCAUGGCACAAAACUUUGAACCCUUCCAUGUCCCACAACAAAACAGAAAAAACAAGCUUCGUGUCACCACUCAAACCAACCAAGAACAGCAAAACCCACCAGCCCCAUUAUUCUCUAGACAAACUUUCACUAGCCCUUCACAAUCUUCUUCGUUCUUUUCACUUCAAACCCUCAAAGACAUGAACUACCAGCCCUUAUCUAGCCAGGGUUUAUCUUUGUCUCUUUCGUUUCAACUCGAUAACCAAAGACACAAUGCCGUUUCAGUUUCAGGCGAUUCCUUGAAGCAGAAUGGUGAAAUGAAAAGCUCUGUAGUCCCUUUCGGUCCUUUUACUGGCUACGCUUCAAUAUUGAAGACCUCCAGGUUCUUGAAACCUGCGCAGCAGAUUUUGGACGAUAUUUGUGGUAUGAUUAAUUGUGCGAAUGCAAACUUUCCUUUGGAUGGUUUGAACGAAAGUGAAAUUACGAGAGAGAAAAUUGCUUUUUUAAGUGAUCGGGUAGAGCAUCAAUGCAAGAAUUCAAAGCUAAUAUUGAUGCUGGAUGAGGUAUACAGGAGAUACAAACUAUAUUGCCAGCACAUGCAGUCAGUUGUUGCAUCAUUUGAAACUGUUGCUGGUCUUGGAAAUGCAGCUCCUUAUGUUUGUUAUGCGACCAAAAUUGUUUUGAAGCAUUUUAAUAGCUUGAAGAAUGCCCUUUUGGAUAAAAUUCAGUUCACAGGAAAAAACUUUGAUGAUAGCAGUGUCACUAAGGAAAAAAAUCCUAGACAUGGAACAACUGAACGAGGCCUUAGAAACCAAAAUCCAACUCUGAACUUGAACUUCAUUCAACAUCCUGUUUGGCGAUCUCAAAGAGGACUUCCUGAUCAUGCUGUAGCUGUGCUUAAGACAUGGUUGUUUGAACACUUUCUACACCCCUACCCUACAGACUCGGAAAAGCAAGCCUUGGCUCAGCAGACAGGUCUAUCAAGGACUCAGGUUUCUAAUUGGUUUAUAAACGCAAGAGUUAGACUUUGGAAGCCAAUGGUGGAAGAAGUACACAUGCUUGAAUCACAGCAAACUCAAGCACCAUUUGACACGGUCAGUCAGAGUGCCAACAUUGCAUCUGAUUUGCCUCUUGAGAAACAGCCCCGAUCAACUCAACACCAGAACGCAUACCAAACUAAACGCCUCCGAAAUGAACUUCCUGAUGUAUCCAAGCAGAGACAGGAGCCAAGAAAUAUUUGUGUCAACAAUUUGUCAGGUAAUUACCACUCUGCUGGUGUUAGUGGAAGCAAAGGUGUUUCAUUGGCAUUGGGUCUUCCACAGAAUAAUCGCACUGAUCAAUCGUGGCCUCUCCCUAUGAGCAUACCUCACCAUGUCAACCUGGAAAUGAUUAGCAUGAUGGAUUCAGCUCCAGGAACAGGUUUUGAACUGCAAAAGCAGCAUUUUGGGAAAGACUAGAGGACUCAGAUGCUGCAUCGGCCGCAAGCUGAAGUUUGCUUCAUUGUGCCUGAAUAUAAUGGACUGUCUGUGAUGUAAUAAUAUGAAUCAGGAAAACCUCUUUUUAUCAAGUGAUCAGUAGAGUAGGAAAUGUUCUGUACACGAUCAACUGUUGCUUUUUGAUAUUUGCAUUAGAUUUCUUUAAACUUUCAGUCA